AUUAAAUUUAGAUAAUUACCGUCAACUGGACUACGGAGACGGUCAACAGGUGGCCAAGUAAAAUCAUGAAACGGGUUCGUUGCCAAUGUGGCCAGCUGCUAAUGACGCGCUGUAGUAUCCAGCAUGUAUUAUCAAGCAUCCACAAAUUCGACUGCAAGCAGCUUCACUGUGCCCCAACCUGUCUGGAUUUAGGAAGCUCACUCAUGGCGACGUCAACUUACUUACCUACCCAACAGUUGUCUCCAUUCUUCUUCAACAACUAGGGAAAACCAACGCCUGUUUCACCAGGACUGCAUUUGAACGUCCCAGGCAUAAUUACAGCGGACCUCAAAAUUUUUGGUUGCGACGUCGUCACUCAUGAAGUUCAGUUCGCCCCUCCUCAAUCAGAUCUCUACCUUUGUACGACCUUGUUUGCAUGUAACGAAAGGGUGAGGUGGGCAGCACUGGCAACACUGGCAGCACGCAGACAAACGAAAGGAAAAGAAAUCAUCACCUGCAGCUCUUGCUGGACUGGGUAUGAAGGUAUUUUGCGCCUAGUGCCCCUACAGCACCGCAUCAUGCAGGGGGAACAGGGACUACCUCUUCCCUCCUCUCUGCAAGAGGUUGAGGCCUUGAUCUUGGCACUUUACGAACCAGGUCCUCCAGAGACAAUAUCACGGAUCCAAGAGGUGCUUCAUCGGGUGCAAAAGUCUCCCGAGGGCUGGCAGUUGGCCCAAAGUUUAUUGGUGAACUCCAACGACACAAUCAAAUUUUUCGGUGCUCUUACUAUCAUUGUGAAGCUAAACACUGAGAGCUCAACACUGUCGGAAACUGACGCAAACGAGUUACUACAAAACCUGAUUGAAUGGUUUGUGCGGUCUCUGCGUGAUGGGUCAGGUGCACUGGUCACCAAAAAGCUGUGCUCCGCACUUGUCACCUGCUUCAUCCAGUUCCCCAAGAUAUGGCCCAGCUGCAUAGCCCAUCUAGUACACUGCCUGUAUACACAGCGCAGCGUGCCCGUAUCUGAGGCCAGAGACGACGAUGCCGAUUCCACAGUGGGUCUCUUGGACUUUGUUGCCCUGAGAGCGGCACUAUGGUUUGCUGCUACGCUGGUGGAGGAGACGAGCAAGACAGACAUGAAUGCUGCAAAGUACUCGCAGGCUCACAAUCAGCUCAUCGCUGAAGGCCGUGAUGUUGCCUGUCUCAUUUCACGCGGAAUGGACCCCGGGUUUGCAAGUCCAGAUUGCACGAGUAUCCAGGAAGAAGCUAUCAAAUGCCUACAGCCUUGGGUCAUGUAUAAUCAGCGCAUAUCAUCAUCGACCGACGAGCUGACUAUACCGCUGCGGACUCUUCUGCCUCCUGUGAUACGAUGCCUGAUAAUUGACGAACUCUACGAAGCCAGUAUAGAGCUUAUUACCGACACGCUCUCUAACUAUUCUGCAUUCUUCACGAGCGAAGGCUUCGACAUGUUGAUCAACUUGUUUGAGACGUCAUGGUCUGACAAUCGAUAUCAGCAGUUGGUUCGCGGAGAUUUCGAUUUUGAAUCUGUCCAGUUUGGCAUGCUGAUGAUAGCAUUUGCCGACGCCAAGGUUGUUGAACUUCAGAAGAGCACUGACCAUCGUUCACAACGCUUCCUCGACGGGCUGAAGGGAUUGCUAGGCGCAGCUGGCUAUGCAGUAGGUGAGGACAAGAUUUUUGUGCCUGCGCUUGAAUUCUGGGCCACAUUUGUGGAAACGAUGGUCGACACCAUGUUCAGCGAGGAAGCCAAAGACUCGGAUGCUUGGGUACAGCAUUCACUGGGUUUGGUGAUGCAGGUCGUGGGCUGCUGUUACAAGAAGAUACAGUUCCCGCCAGCAACCACCUUCUCCGGCUGGGAUUCUUCAGAGCGAGCUGGAUUUGUGGAGGCGCGCAAAGACGUUGCCGACCUGCUCCAAACGGUCUGCACUAUACCAAAUGCAAGCCUCGUUUCCCUAUUCGUCGAUCUGCUGCUACAGGCCUUGUCGGCGCAGGCUUGGGCAGAGCUUGAGGCGGCAGCUUUCUGCCUCAGCGCCCUGUCUGACUGCAUCUCCGACGGCGGCGAGUAUGACGAGCUCCUCCACAAAGUCUUCUCAUCUGGCCUUUUUGACUUGCUGGGCCAAAGCGAGAAGCUACCCGUUCGACUGCGUCAAACAGGGUUGUCGCUUAUUGAACGGUUCUCUGACUACUUUGAGCGCCACGGCGAGUUUCUCCCAGGAGCUCUCAACCUCUUAUUCGGUGCAGUGGGCGACUCGAUGCUAGCCGGUCCCUCGGCCAAGUCUAUCUGCACGCUUUGCUCGUCUUGUCGAUCACACUUGACUGGCGAGGCGGCUACAUUCAUUUCAUCCUACGAAAACAUUCAUUCGUCAAGGUCUAUAGAUCCCGUCGCAGAAGAGAAGAUCGUUAUGGCGAUUGCAUCUGUGAUACAAGCUAUAUCGGACGAGGAAACGAGACUGCAGGCUUUCCGUCAUCUGUACCGCAUUGUUCGGUUGGAUUUGGAUCGCUGCUUGCAGCUCAAGGCACAACCCGAGAUGUUUGAAGUUUCUGAUCCACUGGUGGCAAAAUACUACGCCGAAGCUCAGUCACAGUCGCAGGAGGUAGCAUCUGCAGAUAGAAUUGCGGGACAAAUCGCCGUCCAAAGCCUGAGGUAUAUCUUGAGCAUGGCUAAGGGUCUGCAAGCUGUUACGGAGGCGCCUGUAGAUCUGGACGAGUCUUCUAAGGUUGCAUCUUCAGUCAGCCAAUCACUGCCUCAUCUCCAGUCCGAGAUCAUGCAGAUGGUCGUCCAGCUACAGGCUGCGUUUCCAGACAAUGGCGAGCUUAUCGAGACGAUAUGUCAUGUUUUGCGCGCUGGCUUCUCCGAGACAGAGCCAGGACCGUUCGUCUUUCCUGCAAACAUUAUAUCGCAAUACCUGACAAGCCAGAAUUGUUCGACUACGCCUAGGAUUGGCUACGUGGUCAGCACUGCUUGCGCUUUUACGAGCUCUCUUGCUAGUAGCUCACACGAAGAAGCUGCUAAACAAUUGACAAAAAUAUUGCCGUGGGCUAUCGAUUUGCUUCAGUCCCUACCCGAACCCGAAACCGAUACCGAGUUAUCUCAGAACGUCAUUGAGCUCGUAAAUAGAGUGGCCCAGCGACAACCUGGGGUGAUGAUGAGACUCCAGCCAUCCUCUCUUCUAGAGUUUUUCUUCAUCUUUGUGUUGAAGGUGCUUGAUGGUCGCGAGACGCUACCAAAAUCUGCCGCUGCCGAAUUCUGGACUACUUUCCUGACAAUCAGGACGACAGACGAGCCUAUUCAACAAGCUGUCGACUCUGUCAUGACGCAUCUUGGCCCUUCAUUGGCCAUGUCUUUGAUUCGUAACAUCGGCGGUAACGCAGCGCGCAGUGAACUUGAUAGGCUCAGCGAGCCGUUGAAGAAGUUGACAGCACAGCACGUCAACGCCAAGACAUGGUUCGAGGCCGCAUUGGCUGAUAUCUCAUUCCCGAGCUCCAAGGUGUCGCCAAAGGAAAAGACGCUGUUCCUGAAAAAGAUUCUCAGCCUCCGUGGAAGCCGGCAGACAAACCAAGUUAUCAGGGAAUUUUGGUUGGCAUGCAGAGGAUCUAGCUUUGCCUACGCUUCAUGAGGGCUGUGCACCACCUUGAGAGACAAACAGUGGCGUUCGGAGCUGCUCUCAUUGGAGUGAUCAACACCAAUACCCUGGGGGAACGAACAACGAAUCGCAGCUAUGCGUAAGACGUAGAGAUCUAAAAUAAUAAAGUUACACGUCACAUCUACACACGGCCAUCCUAUAGACAACCGCUUCUAUAUGAUGUCAAUGAAAGGUUACAAAUACAAAUUAUAUGCGUGGGCUG